CACCCCCCCAACAUCCACAUCCAUAUGGAGGCAGUGAUCCGCUUAGGACAUUUCCAUGUGUCAGUGAGAAUGUCCAAAAACCUUACAAUAUUCUACGCUUGUCAAGAAAUUCCGCUGGGGACGUUGUGGUCUCUUGUCUACUUGGUGUAUUUGCGAUGUUUGUGAGCUUUUUCACUCAAACUUCUUGUCUCACGAAUCAUCAGCGCUUUGGAAUGAUGCAUCACCUCUGUGACGCUCCCCGGACUCUCCCGCCACCAGGAGCCAAGACGUAUCCUAGCCAAUUCCUUCUUCCAUUCCAUUCCAAUUCAAAUGCCACGAAGUCCUGAUGAAAUACUUAGCUCGGUCUGGUCAAAUCAUUCCAACAAUAGACCGGUUAUGGAUGGUUUCAAUUGGUUCGUUCUCUCACUUGAAGACCCUGCAUAUAGGCGCGCACAACAUUCUUCGAAGCCAUUCCAAGUGUGGCUGAAAGCCUGAAAGCCUGGAACGUGGAACACCGCUCAGUUAGGAUAAGUACGAUUUUAUUUGACUGUGAGGGUUGCAUACACGCAAAAAAGCUUUCGCCGAUUUCAUCCCGUCAUAACGGAUUGCAGCACCGUAUCGCCGAAGGAAAAUGUUACGCAUUUGAAGAUGGUGCCACGGCCCAGGAGGGAACGAGGUGUCACCGUGCUAUCGCCAAGGUGCCGCUCAACUGUCAUCAGCAGGCAUUGAAAAGAAAUAUAAGAUGGUCAUAUACCAACAUGCGUGAUAUCUCAAGUCACCCCCAGGUCACCCACCACCAUGCGCCCUUUUGUCGCUGUUCUGGCCCUCUUCCUGGCUGGUGCUCGUGCCGUAGCGCAUAAUGGCGCGCGGCAUCAAACUAGGUCCUUCAAUACGACUAGUACUUGCGAACAGAUCGCGAAGGCCGUUUCGUCUGCUUCGGAUGUUUGGUGGCCUCUGUCGUUUCACUAUGCCAAGGAUGUCUCGCAUUGGGCUUCUUCAAGUUCAGAUCUAGCUGCUUGCGCAGUGGAGCCGGGGUCAGCUCAGGACGUUGGUAUAAUCCUUCAAAUCCUUGGUGCUAACCAAACGCCGUUUGCCGUGAAAGGUGGCGGACAUGCCUCAAAUCCAGGUUUCUCGUCUACAUCGGGGGUACAGAUCGCCAUGUUCCGUUUCUCAGAGGUCAAUUAUGACGCUACGUCCCAGACAGUGGACGUCGGCGCAGGUCUCGUUUGGGACGAUGUGUACGCUACUCUUGAACCCCAGGGUGUCAAUGUUGUCGGAGGUCGCGUGACUGGCGUUGGUGUCGCUGGUUUCACGUUGGGUGGAGGAUAUUCGUGGUUGACGAACCAGCAUGGUUUGACUGUCGAUACCAUUGUCGCAUUUGAGCUGGUUUUACCGGAUGGUACCGUCACGGAAGUGACCCAGACAUCAAAUCCUGAUCUCUUCUUUGCGCUGAAGGGAGGCUACAACAACUUCGGCAUCGUCACCAAAUUCACGUUCAAGGCUUUCCCUCAGGGCCAAGUUUGGGGAGGCUUGAUCACGAUCACCGGCGAUCAUCUUGACAAAGUCAAUGCUGCUACUGUCAAGUUCGGUUCUGAAAUCAGCGAUCCAAAGGCCGCAAUUCUCCCGACGUACAAUUUUGUGCUUGGCGCUCCGGGAAUGUCUCUCAUUCUGUUCUAUGAUGGUCCUUCUCCACCCGCUGGGAUCUUCGACGACUUCUUGGCUAUCCCUCAUUUCACCAAAGAUAUCUCAACCCGCUCUUUUCUUUCGCUCGUUAAGACGGCCCCUGCAAAUAUCACUGCAGGCACUCGUGCAAUCUUCAACACUGUCCCUGUUCUCGACUAUACUCCACAGUUCUUAGAUGCCGUUGUCAACGAAACGAUCUUCUGGGGCACACGAUUGAGCCUUGCGUCUGCCACAUUCAUCUCCUUCGACGUCGAACCAUUCCUCCCCAGUCUCUUCAGCCACGCCGAAGAAUCAUCAGCGGCUUACCCUCCCACUCGCGCUCGCGCUCUCCUGCCAACAAACAUCUACUUCGCUUGGUUGCUUUCUGCCUCUGAUGACCUCAUGAUCGAAUCUGCACGAAAAAGUGCUCAACAACUGACCCAGGUUGCGCUUAGUGAGGGCCAAGAUAUCUCGGAUGCGCCGAUGUAUGGGAACUAUGCUAUUUAUGACACCCCCUUGGAAAGGAUCUUUGGCGACAAUUUGGAUAGGCUGAAGGCUAUCAAGGCGCAGUAUGAUCCUAAUAAUGUUAUGGGUCUUGCUGGAGGUUGGAAGCUUUGACUCGGAGACUCGGGACAAUGACUUCUACUUAAGUUGAACACUGGACCACGUUACUACAGGCUAUUAUUAUUUCUUGGUUACUUCCUUACACUCCUUAUAUAUCUUAAUGAUCUACCCGAGAAUUCAUUCUUUUUUCGAUCCACCUUCUCGCCACGACGCUACACUGUCUGUCAAAGUAGCAUACACGAGGACAAGAUGCACCAGGUCCGUAUGCUUAGGAGAUCU